GAGGCGGGGAGGGAAGCGAUGGCUCACGGCUGACCGCAUCCGCGCCGGCUUGGCUCCGAAAUCCUGGCGCUUCCCUCGCCCUGCCUCGCCUGCCAGCCCACCCGGCCGGCCCCUCCAUUUUGAAGACGCCCGGCGUCCCCGAUGGCGUUCAGCGCCUCCUGGCAGCUCCUCUCGCCCGUGCAGUGGGCCAAGUGGACGUGGUCGGCGGUGCGGGGCGGCGGACCCCCGGACCUCGAGCGGGAUGACCUCGCCGCCGCCGCUGCUGGGGAGCGGGGCUCGGCGCGCGGGCAGGCGGAGGACGCGGAGGAGGAAGAGGCGGCGCAGGCGGAGACCAAGUCGCUGAGUCUCAGUUCGGAUUCAGAAGGCAAUUUUGGGACUCCCGAGGCAGAGACGCCAAUCCAUUCACUGGAGAAGGAGUUGGAAGACCUGGAUCUGGAUCCGGAGGUCGGGUCCCAAGCAUCUCUGGAAGAUAAAGUGCAAUUUGUCUCCAAAGUUUUGGAGGAGAAAUCAGCUUCAGCAGAGGAUGAAUUACAGACAGACUCUGCAAUCUUGCGAGCCGGCGAGCCACUUACAUCAAAAGCCCACCUUGGAAUUGGCCAGGGUUCAUCCAUGACUCCUUCUGCAGUAGAGGCUACGUCGUCUACAGAGGGUAGUGCUGCUUCAUCAAGGCCCAAUCCAGACCAAACUUCAGGCACACCGUCCCAAGAGGAACAAAGGGAGAUUUUGAAGGAAAGCCAAGAGAUCCCCAUUCAAGAAUUUCCAGAAGUCAAGUCAAGUGGUGAGAACAUUGCAGGUAACAAGAGCAAGCUCCCAAGGGCAAAACCAGCUGCCCUUCAGAAGAAAAUGGGAGGAGAGAAUCCCGUGACUGAGAUGACCACAGAAAGCCCCCCUAUUCCCAAAGCUACCUACGGCUUUGAUCCAGAGGAAUAUGAUGAAACUGUGAACCCAUUUAUAAUGGGAGGCUCCAAAUGUCCAAACUCGCCCCCUGCAUCUCAGCCAGGGACUGCUCUUCCAAAUAGUGACUCCAAGCAUUCCAGCCCAGCAGGAGCUGUAGAUUUCAAGACCCGGGCCGUGAAACUAGAGUUCGAUUUUGCCGAAGGGGUGGAAAAUGUUGAGCCCAAGAAACCUCCGCCGAGAAAAAUGGGCAAGAGGCCUGGCAGUAAGUUGUCUCCUAAGAGACAAAGAGGACCCACCACCUGGCCCGUUGUGGGUACAGAGGAUAGAGAGAAAACACCACCUCCUGAUGCAUCAGUGGCACCUCUUACCAAGGCUCCCCACCGGGGGGACACCAGCCAGUGGGAUGAUCCUGCCGUUAACCCCUUUGGGGGCAGCUCUCCUUUACAGGGUUCCCCUACGCUCACAAAACGUCCAUAUCAUCUUGACACGGCAGAUCCUUUCAAGCCGACCACCAAGGCUUUGUCCACUGUAGGAGCUGAUUCUUGUCCUUCUGCAGAGAACAGCCUCAAUGAGAUCUUGGAGUCACAGGCACUAGAGGUGGUGGGAGAUGAUCUGAAGACAAGUUUGGCCUCCCCAAAGAGCUCCAGGUCACGGCUGAUAACGAGUGGCUGCAAGGUGAGAAAGUAUGAAACGCAUUCCUUGGCCCUGGAUGCUUGCUCUCAGGGUGAAGAGGAGGCAGCACUUAUUUCCAAAAUCCCAGAUCUUCCCAGUCGGGACGGGCACGCUACCGAUGAAGAGAAGCUGGCUUCCACGUCCUCUGGUCAGAAGCCAGCUGAGUUGGAGGUAAAAGGUGAGCCCGAGGAGGACCUGGAGUAUUUUGAGUGUUCCAAUGUGCCCGUGUCUGCCAUAAAUCAUACGUUUUCAUCCCCAGUAGAAGGUUCCGAGAAAAACUCUUUGGGCAAACUCGAAGAGAAGAAUAAUUGCAGUGAUAUCUCAGGCAGUCCUGAACUAUGUCCUCUGGAAAAGGCUCCUGGAAGUGCACCAGCCAGCAUGAGAGGAGGGGCCGAGAGCCCCCUGGAUGCCAUUUGCCUCAGCGAAUCUGAUAAGGCAGCAGUUUUGACUCUGAUCAGAGAGGAGAUUAUAUCUAAGGAAAUUGAAGCCAAUGAAUGGAAGAGAAAAUAUGAAGGAAGUCAGCAGGAAGUUCUGGAAAUGAGGAAGAUUGUGGCUGAAUAUGAGAAGACGAUUGCGCAGAUGAUAGAGGAUGAGCAGAGAACCAACAUGGCAUCCCAGAAGAGUCUCCAACAGCUGACAAUGGAGAAAGAACAAGCCUUGUCUGACCUGAAUUCGGUGGAGAGGUCUCUGUCCGAUCUAUUCAGGAGAUACGAGAAUCUGAAAGGAGUCCUGGAAGGUUUCAAGAAGAAUGAAGAGGCAUUGAAGAAGUGUGCUCAGGAUUACCUCAAUCGGGUCAAACAAGAGGAGCAGCGCUAUCAGGCCUUGAAAAUCCAUGCAGAGGAGAAGCUGGACAAAGCCAAUGAAGAAAUUGCUCAGGUGCGGACUAAGGCGAACGCUGAGAGUGCAGCUCUCCAUGCCGGACUCCGAAAAGAACAAAUGAGGGUCGAGUCUCUUGAAAGGACCCUCCAGCAGAAGAAUCAGGAAAUUGAAGAGCUGACAAAGAUCUGCGAUGAGCUGAUUGCCAAGCUAGGAAAGACUGACUGAUGACCCGGUGUCUGUCAUCUGGAGCACCACACUUGGUUUCUUCCUGCUGUCUGUCUGUAUCUUCCAGCGAGCAUCUUGCCUUAUUUUUCCAGAAAUAAUCUUCUCCCCCUUCACGGCAGCAAGAAAAAGCACCUGCUUCUGUAUCAAAGAACUACCGUCUGCAAGACGAGUAAUGAUUGCUCUGUUAGUUUUCAUUUCCUGCAGUGUAGUUUAGACCUUCCUGCCUAUUCAGUGUUUGCAGCCUGUCCUGACUGCUUGAAGCCAACGGAUAGGAGCAGGAUGCGUGUUAGAGAUGUUGAUAGCUUUGCACAGAAGAGUUUCUGCACCUGGUUGAGGCUUUGGCCCGCAGAAGCUGCUGCAUCAGUGCCUCGGGGACAGUCACCUAAGGAAAGAGCAGUGUUGGGAAUACUUGAGUUGAAGGCCAGAAAGUGAAAUGCAGCUUAAUUGAAUAGAUGUUCCCCUGCAUGCAUUAGUACCAUCCCAGAAAAGGCACAAGUGGAAGACAACUUCAACUGCCUGUAAAGGCACAAGGGACAAAGCCAAUGCAGAUGCCACUGUUCCUCAAGGGAAGAUGCCCAGAUUCCAGAUGAAAAUUGAUUGGCUUUCCUGGGGGCAUGGCAUCUUUGCCAACAGCAGUCAGCAACAAAGGAAAGUAACUCCUCCCUCUCUUGAUCAACACAAAUAAUGUGCUUGAGGCACAUUGACACUCAGACAGGUCCAUGGUGUCGUAAGCUUUGUGGGUUUGAAAGUAUGGGCCAUGAUAAAUCAAUGAGCCCUAAAGGCAGCCUUCUUAGGCCUGAGUGCCCACAAGAUGUGUGGAUUUUGAGCUUAAUGGUAUUCCCAGCAAUGGUCCUGCCAGCUGGGGGAGUUUGGGGCUCUGGAGUCUGAAAAGCACUUGGGAUGGGGAAGGUUAAGAUAAGGUGCCAUGUGUCUCUUAAAGAAGUGCAGCUGGCUGAUUUUGGAUCUGUCUAUUAGUGC